CAUCUCGCGCUGCACCAUGGCGCUGACCGUCUGCACGCGCUUCACCGACGAGUACCAACUCUACGAGGAGCUCGGGAAAGGAGCGUUCUCCGUGGUGAGGCGGUGUGUGAAGAUCUCGUCAGGCCAGGAAUAUGCAGCUAAAAUCAUCAACACCAAAAAGCUCUCUGCCAGGGAUCAUCAGAAACUGGAGCGAGAAGCUCGAAUCUGCAGACUGUUAAAACACCCCAAUAUAGUUCGUCUCCAUGACAGUAUAUCUGAAGAGGGCUUCCAUUACCUUGUGUUUGAUUUGGUCACAGGCGGAGAGCUGUUUGAAGACAUUGUAGCAAGAGAAUACUACAGUGAGGCUGAUGCCAGUCAUUGUAUUCAGCAGAUUCUGGAGAGCGUACAUCAUUGCCACAUAAACGGCAUUGUGCACCGAGAUUUGAAGCCUGAGAAUUUGUUGUUAGCGAGUAAACUAAAGGGAGCUGCAGUGAAGCUGGCUGAUUUUGGACUUGCAAUAGAGGUGCAGGGUGAACAGCAGGCUUGGUUCGGUUUUGCUGGAACUCCUGGUUAUCUGUCUCCUGAGGUUCUGAGGAAAGAUCCUUACGGCAAACCAGUGGACAUGUGGGCAUGUGGUGUGAUCCUCUACAUCCUGUUAGUUGGUUAUCCUCCGUUUUGGGAUGAAGAUCAGCAUCGUCUCUAUCAGCAGAUCAAAGCCGGAGCAUAUGACUUUCCUUCUCCAGAAUGGGACACAGUGACUCCUGAAGCGAAAGAUCUGAUUAAUAAAAUGCUCACAAUAAACCCCAACAAACGCAUCACAGCAGCCGAGGCUCUCAAACACCCCUGGAUCUGCCAACGCUCCACCGUGGCUUCCAUGAUGCACCGACAAGAAACUGUGGAGUGUCUGAAGAAGUUUAAUGCUAGGAGGAAGCUGAAAGGAGCCAUUUUAACCACGCUGCUAGUAACCAGGAACUUUUCAGCAGCUAAGAGUUUGUUGAACAAGAAGCCGGACAGUGUGAAGGUCAACAACAAGACCAACAAAGACACAGGCCCUGCUCCAGCACUGGAACCUCAGACGACUGUCAUCCACAAUCCAGUUGAGAGAAACAAGGAGUCAACAGAGAGCAACAACACCACUAUAGAGGAUGAAGAAAUAAAAGCCUGUCAGGUUGUCAGUAAAGCUCGAAAGCAGGAGAUCAUUAAAGUCACUGAGCAGCUGAUUGAGUCCAUCAACAACGGAGACUUUGAAACUUACUCUAAGAUGUGUGAUCCUGGUCUGACAUCUUUUGAACCUGAGGCUUUGGGGAAUCUGGUAGAAGGACAUGAUUUCCACCGGUUCUACUUUGAGCACGCUCUGUCAAAGGGCACUAAACCGGUUCACACUAUCCUGUUAAACCCUCAUGUCCACCUGAUCGGCGAGGAUGCUGCGUGCAUCGCAUACAUCCGUCUCACACAGUAUUUAGACUCCGGUCGUCCGAGAACCGCUCAGUCUGAGGAGACACGAGUGUGGCAUCGCCGUGACGGGAAGUGGCAGAACAUCCACUACCACCGCUCUGGAGCACCCAGCGCCAAGUAUCAAUAACUCAUCACCAAUAAUCCAUCAUUAAUAAUCACUAGUAAUCAAUAAUGAAUUAUUAAUAACCAAUAAUCAGCUCUGUUACACUCCCCCUGCUUCACAACUUGUGUCCAUUGUCUGUAUAAAACACUCUGCUCUGUGUGUGUGUGUGUGUGUGUGUUGCAGCUGAAGUGAGCCUGCCUGUGUAUGAUGAGCUGGAGGCCAUGCCCACUGCACCAACCCACUGCAAGCCCCUCCCCCUCAUUAACAUAUCACUGCA